GAUACUGCGAGCCGCUAGGGUCGCAAAACCCAUUGCAAUGCAGCUUAAAUCGGUAGAAUUACGCGCACACGUAAAUCCGCAAGUUGUAAAAUCUACUCCGCAAAAAGCAACGCUGCAUCACAUCAGUGUUGAAUAACGCACAUCACACCACACACUCAGCUGUUUUUCAUAGUGCAACACAAGUAGUAAAGGCGCGAAAAUGAUUGGCGCGUCUUCGGGGUUGCAGAUCAUUUUGGAGGGAAAAAUAUCGUGGCAGUAGUAAUUUGAGCAGUGCGUUGGCACGUCGCGUACAUUGAUACUAGAAUAUAAAAAGUUUAUGAAUAUUUCUUAACAAUUGGAGUAAAAUUCUCUGCCAAAGAGCUAUAACUAUUGCACUUGCAACAAAUAAAAUGGCUCAGCCAUCAGUAGCUGCAUUCUUCAGCAAUCGCAAACGUGCUGCAGUGGACGAUGCAGUCUCAAUUAAGACUAGGCGUCUUGCGGAACCCGCAGAGGUGACGGGUAUGCGCACCCGAUCAGGACGCAGUGUUAAACUAAUUGGUGUGGAGCCGUCACCACAAGUAGAAAAGCAAACCAAGCAACAAAAACUUGUACAGUUCGUUAGGAAGGCAUCACUAUCGCCUCGGAAGCCACCACCUAGUGAGGAAGGUCCCAAGGCGCAGGAGAUAAAUGAGCAUACACCGAGAAUCAACACUACAUUUGCCUCUAAGCAGAAUGCCACAAAUGUGCAGCGCGGCAUGCGCACACCAACUAAACAAAUUAUCAAGGACGUUUCACCCAUCAAACAUGGCGAACUGAAGCGUCUAGUCAAAAAGGAACUCACUUUCGAUGAGGUGAAGGCAAAGGUUAGCCGCAGCGCCAAGCUGCAGGAACUUAAGGCAUCCUUGGCGCGCAUACAGCAGCUGGAGCAGACGCGCAAGGCUCAGGAGGAGCGCAAUCGAAAGCUGCGUGAGGCCGGACCAUCGCCAGCCAAGGCGCCGACAGUGCAGCUCAAGGAGUUCGACACCAUUGAGCUGGAGGUAUUGGCAAGCCCUUCAAAGACCUUCAAAACACCGACAAAACUACCUCCACCCACACCGGACAAACAUGAGCUUAUGUCGCCUCGUCAUACGGACGUAUCUAAGCGCUUACAUUUCAGUCCGGCCAAGAAUGGAUCUCCGGUUAAGUUGGUUAUGCAACCGGCCUACCAGCGUUUCAUGAGCCUGGCCGAAACGAGCAAAGCUGGCCAAUUGCCUUUGCCCUACAAGUACCGUCACCUCAUUGAAAUUUUCAAGGGCGUGGACUCGGUGGUUGCAAUGUUUCACAAUCGUAAGGAAUGCAUUACGUUCAAGAAACUUAAACCGGCAGUACAACGCAUGCUACGAAAGAAUUUCACGGAAACACAUUUGGCGCAAAUCAAACACAUCUAUCCGGACGCCUUCAUAUUCUCACAGAUGAAGAUGCGGAAUUAUGGGUCUGUGUCAAAGGCCGACUAUUUCCAGUUGGUCAUUAGCCCGAACGUGGAGCAGCUGCCGGAACAACAACGCCUGAAGAAAAUCAAUGAGGACGAUGUGCUCGCGUCGGCCCAGUCGACGUCAAUGAACCCACACAUCAUGACUGCGCGCAUGCAACGCUUUCAGAGCCUGUUGAUGGAGCGUGUUAAGGACACGCACGAUAAGUUCAUCCGUUCUCUGGACCCACCUCUCUCUAUUGACAAGCAUAAAGUGACGCGUUGGCAUCCGGACUUCGACCUGGAGAGCUGCCCUGAGGUGGAGCGUGGCGCACUGCCACAACCUCCAAAUGUGGAAAAAUAUUCUUCUGCACGCGACAUACUUUCAACCGCACGCAAUCUCUUCAACUGUGCCACUCCAAUGGAGCGCGCCAUGCAACGCUACGAGGCCAAGCUGGAAGCCGAUCGAGACUGUGCGGAGAAAUCGGCCAGUCAAGCAACCCCAUCUAGAGUGGAAUCCAAUGCAGAGCAAACGCCUGCUAGUGGGGAAGCCACAAUGGAACCAGCAACUACUUCCAAGAAGGACACACCCGUCCCAGCGCCGACUGAAACCACCACACCAAUCAAUGCUGCAAUCGCAGAUGGGACAUCCAAUCUCCUAAAGGGUCUGCCAAAAAGUCUUAUAGAGAAAAUUCGGGCCAAACAAGCGGCCAAAGCAUUAGACGCAAUGACACGCAGGCCAUCGCAGGACCAGGAAGCUACCAAAUACUCUCGCCUGCCUGAACUAGCACGUCAUUUACGGAACGUCUUCGUUACGGAACGCAAGAGCGUACUCACGCUGGAGAUCGUCAUUAAGAAGAUCCAAAACAGCUUUCGCACUAGCCUUACCCCACAGGAAAUUGAGACCCAUCUGAAAUUGCUCGCCAAAGAAAUGUCCGUAUGGGUUACAUUCCAUGAGGUUCGCAAAACCAUGUAUCUGAAGAUCGCCAAGGACCUGGACAUGAACAGGAUCAUUGAGAAGCUUGAGGGACUAGCGAACGAGAGGAGCAAAUAACUGAAGCACCAAACGGAUAUCACACGCAAAGCACACAUUAAUGGACCCUGUGGCUACAUCCAGCUAUUAGUUUAAGUACACGCCUAUUCAGAGCCCUAUCUAUUUUUAUUGUCAUACUAUAUUUACAUUGACCUCAAUACUUUUGACCAUUGGUUUCAUUCAAAUUAACUCCAUCACAUUUAUAUCUGACAUUAUCUCAUACACCAUUGUAUCAUUUAGCUUAAUUUAUAGGAUCAUAUUAUUAUAUUAUUGUAACUUCAUUGUUCAAGUUGUGUUUUGUUCAAAUAAUAAAUGUUUAUUGCUGGAAACUUA